AUGAAGGGUUUCACGGCUGCCUUCCUCAUCUGGACUCUAAUUUCUCUCAACGGCGGUGGUGGCCAAGCCUGGCCCACACACACAGCUUGCAAAGAUGGAAGCUUGGAAGUGCUCUACCAGAGUUGUGAUCCAUUACAAGAUUUUGGCUUUUCCAUUGAACAAUGUUCCAAACAAUUAAAAUCAAAUCUCAACAUUAGAUUUGGAAUCAUUCUGAGAGAGGACAUCAGACAGUUGUAUCUUGACAUAACUCUCUUCACUAAAGAAGAACCCAUUUUUAGUUACUCCUAUCCGGUCUGUGAAGAGGAUCUACCCAAGUUUUCUUUCUGUGGAAGAAGGAAAGGGGAGCAGAUUUAUUAUGCUGGCCCUGCCAAUAAUCCUGGAUUUGAAAUUCCCCAGGGAGAAUACCAGGUUUUGCUGAAACUGUAUAACGAAAACUAUUCCACGGUGGCCUGUGCCAAUGCUACUGUCAUUUGUUCCUGAGCAACUCAAAAGCACAGCAAUCUGUCUCAUGAAAACUCCAAGCUCCUCAAACUGCACCUACUGUAUAAGAAGAACCAGUCGACCACAGAGAGAACCUCGACAAGAAGGCUCACCAAAGGAGCAGCCACUGACUUUAGCCCUAGCCCCAGACUCCACAGAUGUAAUGAAGCACCAGAAAUUACCUACUUCUAAGCAGUCUCCUUACAGCCACCAAGCAGGCUCGAGGGUCCAUCCUUCUUCUCUAAGUGGUCAUCUCAUACCAGAUGUUCCUGAGGAGCACUUCCUCAGUUACUCAGAAUAAAGAAAGCUGUCCUACGAUUGUUUCUCAAAGAAUCUGAGUUCUGCAGUUAUAAUGUCAUUUCCUCCCGACACAGUUUCCCGGGCUGAUACAGCAUAAAUAGUUCUAAGAUGUUCAGGAGAUGGCAGCCCUGCCAGAAUUAGCACUAGGGAAAGGUGCCUCUCCUUAUGCUGGGCAAGCCCUGCAUCCUUGGACUGUGAGAGACGAGAAGCUGGUGAAACCUUAUAAAGAGUGACAUCGAAAUCUUACUUAACCAAACCUCAUUACAGCUUCAUCUCCAAAAGCAUGGUUAUUCUUGGCCUCAGCACAUAAUGGCUCUCAUUAAUGCAUUUAUUAAUUCACUCAAUGAACAACUGCUGAACACUGUGUACCAGGCCCUGUGCUCAACAAAACAGACACUGUCCCUGCCUCCAUGGAGCUUGCGGUCCCUUGAAAUUCUAGGAAGCCACAUGUCAACCAGUGGAUAUGAUCAUUCAUGUACAGAAACACUUCAGAGCCAUCCAUAAUGAGCAGGUUGCCUGACUGCUGUCAGAGAGCCAUUUUGGCAGCCCCAUCCUCUCCUGUCCCUGGAUGUGCAGAAUCGUAUGGUGGGCCCUUCACCAUCCUGUUCCCAUCUCCCCACUUUUCUCCUUCCUGUGUCCCUAGGCCCAAC